CUACGAGAUCUACACAUCCGUCGGAGUCGAAAAAUAAAUAUGGUCCGCAAUUUUUACUCGUAAGUCAAGCGUUGGUAAAUCGUGCUUUAUUUCGUCCACGCGCUGCCGGGGACACACAGGCUAGCUUCAGAGGACACACUGUCACUCGGGUCGUGGGUAGCGUUUUCCUUGACGUGCGUCUUUGAGACUUAAACUCAAUGGCUUCAUACAUACGAGUCCGACUGGAUCAUUACAAAAGCCUCGUCAAAAUCAAAAUAAACACAUUUUCAUUCUGCAACGUUGUCGUAUCAGCCUUGAUGAAGUCGUGGUUUAUUUGUUUGCGCCUUUCUCGUCAAUAAACUUGCUGGCCUAAAAGCUCUGGGGCCAAGUUUGAUUUCGAAGCUUACCCACAACUGCACGCUCACUUCACGAAAACAAUGAUAAAAAUAGCGGACUGUAAAUAUAUACAGGUAUUUUUUGAACAGUGUAGACGCAGACGCGACUCACUCGAGAUCGCUUCAUUACAAUCAUGUCGCUGCAACACCUCCUGUACGACAUUUACGCUUUCGUGCCCGACUACACUAACGCCAUUUACGCUUUCGUGCGUCAGAAUGCUGUGCCACUAGGACUAGUCCUUUAUGAAUGAAGAUCGGGGCAUAGUUGAUAGGUAUGCAUCUUGAUGGUGUUCAAAACUUUUGAGCGUGCUGCAUUCUUUGAUGUAUUCUCAGUAUUAUAUAGUAUUUUAAUGAAAUACUAAUGCUGAGAAUACAUCAAAGAAUAUCCAGCCAAUAUGGCAAAAUGAAUUAUUUUGCAAUGUUGGCUGGAUAUUCAUAUACUUCGCUCUAGUGUGUGCCAUAUUGCAAUGCCUAUUUCUAUUUGCGUCAAUAUUCCAGUACCUUGAAUUAGGGCUGAUCUGGUGUCAACAUGAGCUGAUGAUAAGCAUGCGUAUGCAAAUUUCUAGUAUAAUUGGACUUAGAUACCUAGGUAACACAAGAGGUGUAUAGAUCUGCAGAUCGUGAAGUGUUAUGCUCGUGCUCAAGUUCAAUUUUACGACACCACUCAUACCUUUCACCCUCCUGAUAUGAUUGGUUUUUUUUGUAUGUUGUCCUGGUCUAUCUGGCUACCUCGAUCAUUUUGCAGUGCAUAAUUCCACGGGGUGGGCCAUCACCUAUAUGGGAAUCAUUUUAAAGUCGGUACAAGAUGAACAAGAAGUCCAGCGCACGCAGUUAGGUUCCAUUUUUCACAACAUGAAAGGGCUUCGACAGGAGACCAUGUCUCUUUAUGAAGGCCUGAAAACAAGGGUAUAUAAUUGAUUGAAUUUCUCUUCGAUUUUGCAUUGUAAAUCAGAGCAUGUCAUCAAAGUAAAAAAUAAGUAAACCGAUAGCGAUACCGAUUGUUGUCCCAAGCAAGUUGAGAUGAUCGCAACAUGGAUGUGAUAGCUUCACCUGUAGCAUUUGUUAUUGUACCCACUACAGGUUGCAAAAGUCUUUGGACUAGCCGUUGCAACAUCACGCCGGACACAACCGUGGUCACAAGUAUGGGACGACCUUUCGGUCAAAACCCGUACGGAGCUGGUGCGAAUGGAUGUUGAGCCAGACGAUAGCAAACAAACCGUCCGGGAGAAAAUCGAAGCGUACGGGAAUUCAACAGUAAAGCUGUAUGGCUCUCUAGUACCUGCGAAACAGCGCAUAACACGCUGGGACGACGAUGACCGUGAAAAAGGCAAGAGAAAAAAAGCGAUCAUCCACUCGCUUGGUCUUUAGCGUCAUGCAAUCUACGACAUUUUGUCAUCGAGCACUGUGCUUCUACUGAUAAUUAUGUUGCUUUUCACUUCUCAUAAACACAUACACGAAACAAGAAAACUGUAUACCACAUGUUGUCAUAGCGUUGUUACUGUACAUACUGUUAAUCAUGUCUACUGCCGUCAUGCCCGUACUUGUUUGCUCUACAACUCUGCAAAUUCAAUUUCAAUAUCAAGGAAUUACGACUUCGAAAUGAAAUGAAGUCCCAUCCCACAACUUAUAUCAAUCCUGUUUCCGCAACAUGAUGAAUACAUAUAGCCGAGUGUUGCCUGCGUUAUUGUUUCGUUUCGAAGUAGACCCGCCCUUCUGAGUCUGCAACAAUUGUACAAGUUAGUAUGACUGUGUUCCAGACAGCAUGUUUCUGUCGUCCUCGUUUCCGGCUCACAUGAAUAUUUGGCCUGAAAAACCGUGUCUGGCUCUGGCUCAAAUCGAUUCAAUAUGACAGAAAAU